AUGGGGCUCUGCGGAUCUAAAGAGGAUGCAGAAAACAUGCCUCAAAAGACUGAGAGUCCAGUUUCAAAUAAGGCAAAUACAAAUACACAAUCGACAUCAACAUUAUCACUGAACCAAAAGCAAAGCAAACAGAAUAAAGGUAAGACACAGACAACAAAAAGUACAAAAAGUUCGGCACAAGACUCUAAGCCGGAGUAUAAAAUGCUAUUGCUAGGUUCGGGAGAAUCUGGUAAAUCCACAAUAUUAAAGCAGAUCAAGAUUAUUCACCAGAAUGGUUUCAGCAAAAGAGAGCUGUAUGAUUACAAGCCUUUUGUAUUUAAGAAUAUCUGUGAGUGUGCUGAGGCGAUCAUAAAAGCACUACGAAAGUUCAAUCUAGAUGAUGACCUUCAAACAAUGACGAAUGAUGAUCUUGACAAGAUUCUUGAGUAUGAGGUUCCCAUGGAUGAGGAUAGUAAAACGAUGACAUUUGCGCUAGGGGAUAAGAUGAAGAUAUUAAUCAAGGAGCCGAUGGUGGUAAAACUAUUGGAAGAACAUAGAGGAGAGUUUUAUCUUAUGGAUUCCUUCAAAUAUUUCUUUGACAACAUUGACCGAAUAACAGCCGACGGCUAUGUGCCAAAUGUUACUGAUGUCAUCAGAACAAGGAAGCAAACCUCGGGUAUAUAUGAUACAAGAUUCCAACUUGAAGAUAUAAGAAUUCAUUUGUUCGAUGUGGGCGGACAAAGAUCCGAAAGAAAAAAAUGGAUUCACUGUUUUGAUAAUGUAACGGCAGUAAUGUUUUGUGUCGCUUUAUCUGAAUACGAUCAAGUGCUUUUGGAAUCACCGACGCAAAAUAGGCUCGUGGAAUCACUCAAUUUAUUCGAAUCUGUGGUCAACUCAAUGUGGUUUAGGAGAACUUCGAUCAUAUUAUGUCUCAACAAGAUUGAUGUGUUUAUCGACAAACUUGGUAGGUCCCCACUAGAGAACUAUUUCCCGGAUUAUGUUGGAGGCAAUGAUGUCAAUAAGGCAGUGAAAUAUAUCCUCUGGCGAUUCAAACAACUUAACAGAGCUAACCUCAAUCUGGUCCCUUAUGUCACACAGGCUACUGAUACAAACAAUAUUAAGCUUGCAUUUGCCGUGGUUAAGGAGACAAUUCUUCAUAACGCUUUGAUGGACAGCGGAAUAUUGAAGGCAUGA